GGGUUCAAUCGCUUCACCUUCGAAAUAUUUAGAUAUGAGGACGUGGACCCUCUCCUUAACCCCUUUCCGGUCGUCCCCAUACGUUCCUUGACGUGGGCCCCUGGAGACUUAACGUGCCUCGGCCCUCCCCUUCAACAAGUAGCCUCAGAGCUCGAACACCUUCAAGUUUGUUCGUGGUCAGGCCCUCUCUUUCCGUUUGAGUUCAAUAUUUCUACGUUACGCCUGAAUAGACUGCAGUCCAUCGAACUGAUUGGUGGCAGUAUAACCGAUGCGCAGCUGCUUCAACUGUUUCAUACGACUGUUCGUGACGGUGUGGGCAUGGAGACGGUAUCCCCUCUUCGUGCAGUUCGCAUCGAAGGCCACAGGGGCGUAACACCCGAUGGGGCAGUCAAGGCAUUGCAAGGUUCUGGGAUUCAUUGGGCGCUGGAAUCGUUCGUCGUAAGCUUUCAUCGGUGUCAGUUUCCAGGACGUUCCGACUAUUUCCGAAGCUCGAGUGCGCCUCAUGAAGACUUCCCUGACAUCAUUUUCAAUCUCUGUCCAAACCUUCGUUUCUUUGCCCUUCUUUCGCCCGUGUCCCUCAAUGCAUUUAACAAGAUCCCUCCAAAACUGCAUUCGCUCGUAACUACCGUCACCAUCCCGGUUACUCGCGAGGAAUUAAGCUUAUUUGCAUCAUCAAUGACCGCUCGUGGUAUCACAACUAAAGUCAAACUCCUCCGGCAGAUGCUUGAGGAUUUAACGGUUUCAGAGACUUCUUUUCCGGAAGAACUCCGCGGAUUUUCUAUUGUUCCGUAUGACCUCCCCAGUUGGCGUAGCGAACCGGAACCAGUUAGUCCAUAGAUGUUCCAUAGUCAUGCCUUGCUCUACAUAUUUUUUACGCAUUCGACAAGCCAGGUCUUGGCGAUUUCCAGGAUAGUACUUCGUGUACGGUGUAAUGGUCAUGCAAUCUGUCAUCGAAGAAUCUGGACCUAUUAUCUACAUCCCUCAUCUGUGCCGGCGUUGCUCUAUAUCUGGGGUUCCGUGCCCCGUGCUGCGCAAGAAU